ACACUUGAGGGGCCCUUCCUGGCAGGAACCCUAAAAAUACGUCCUUUCUCUGUAGUAAGGAUGGAUUCCCACUGUAAAGUGUAAAUUAAUCCGGGAUCGAAGGGUCUCCGCUUGUCCGUGGACCAUUCAAAGCUCGCUCCUCCACCUCACUGUGGAAAUUUGGCUUGAUCCGGCCCAGCUCACACCCUUUUUAGUUUGUUCGCUUAUAUCUUGUUUGCCGGUUGCGUCCUGUUCAUUGACUCGGUAAUUCCAGAUCACUCACCUACCUGACGCCAAAUCACGGAAAGAUCACCUUUUUCGGGCAUGUAAUCCAGGAAAUGUAUCGCGGUUGUGCCGAAAAUUGAUUUUCGUAUGUUCUGAUGCUCAGUGAGUGAAUCUGCAAAUGUGGGGAAGGAAACAUUUGUAACGUGGCUUGGAUGUCCUUGUUUUUCCGAAAGAAAAGAGGAGGGGGACUACAAUUUAAAGCUUCACAAAUUUAGGUAUGUGCUAGUAUGCAAUGUAUGUCAAAUUUUCCUGGAUUCUGGCCUUGUCGAUCUGUGUACUUCAGUUGAGGUUUUAAUUACAAGAGAAUGUUGAAGACUUCUGUUGCUCCAAAUGAACUUCACUUGAAGAGGGAGCUUGUUGCUCUCCGAAAGGCACCAUUCUUACGUGAUCCAGAAACUUGUUCAUCCUGGAGGUCCUCUUUGAGUUCUAAAUCAUUUUUUGCAAACUCUAAGCCAAAAAAUGGACAUGGAAUGAUAGAAAAAUUUACAGGAGAAAUUAAUCAUGGCUCAUUACUUAAUUUACUAUCCAGAGGUAAAAAUGGAAGGCAAAAGUUACAUCUCUGUAGUAUGAGUUCUUCUAAGCCCAUUGAAAGAGCACAGAAACUAGAUGAGGAAGACAGAGAAGAAUCAGCUAAGGAAAGUCCAGAAAACUUCAGCGUAAGCAAUUCUCUUCUUGCAGAAGAAAGUCCAGAAAACUUCAGUUUAAGCAGUUCUCUCAUUGUGGAUUCUAAGAGUGAUACUUGCCUUGAAGUUCCUGUAAACAUGUAUAAUGUUGCAGCUAUCGAUUCAAGAAUUCCUGUUAGAAGAACUAUCAGAAAAUUUAGAAGAAAAUCAAUUUCGAAAGGGGGAUUGAUUAAGCAUUCAGCUGCCUUAAAGCUGCUGGAUACAACAUCAAGCUCUUUAGGAAUUCUUGACUCAAUUGAGGGAUCUGAUGACAGUGGGGACUAUAAUUCUGAGAAUUUGCAGCAUUUGGCACAGGAUCUAAGCCAAAAAAUUGGAUUUAUUUCUCGCUCUGCAUCACCAAUUUUACAUGGAUGUGGACAUGGAUGUCAGUUGUCUUCUUCAAGAAUUCCUAGAACUAGUAAAAGAGUGGGAUCAUCUCAAUCUUGUACUCCUGCUUCAAGUUGCUCUUACUACAAAUAUGGUGGUCAGGACCCCAGCACUAUUGGUUCUUGGGAUGGAACUGCUACUUCGUUUGAUGGGGACGGCCUGGAUCAACUAGAGUUACCAAAGGCUCAAAAAUGUGGUAUUCCUAGCUAUUGGUCAAAGAUAACUAGAGCUAGGGGUGGUGGAGGUUUUAUUUCUCCUUCACUAUCAGAUACGCUAAAAAGAAAAGGCAGUAGCAUUCUCUGUGGGAGUCAGACUUUGUCUAAUAAGAAGAAUUUAUCAGGUUGUCACAAGCAAAAUUACCUGUCAAAAUCUUCUCAAGGUUUACCUUUGCUGACCAAUAGCUGUGACGAAGGCCAUUCAUCAUUAGAUACUUCAAGUGAUGAACUGUCAAGUAAAUUUGGGGAGCUUGAUUUGGAAGCGAUGAGCCGUUUGAAUGGGAGGAGAUGGUCUAGCUGCAAAAGUCAAGAGGGACUGGAAAUGGACCUACCUGGAAGAACUUCCUUGGAGAUAGCAGAUCAAAGAACCUUGAGCCAAAAGUACCAGCCACGGUCUUUUCAUGAAAUCGUUGGACAGAAUAUUGUUGUUCAAUCUCUUGGUAAUGCCAUUUCAAGAGGAAAAAUAGCUCCUGCUUACCUAUUUCAUGGUCCUCGUGGGACAGGAAAAACUUCAUCUGCAAGAAUAUUUGCUGCAGCUUUAAAUUGUCUUAGUGAAGAGAACAAGCCAUGUUGGUUUUGUAGAGAAUGCACUGCUUUUUCUAGUAGACAUGGAACAAACUUUAUAGAAGCCAAUGCAACAAAUAAGAUGUGCAUAGAUCAAGUUAGAUAUUUGCUGAAAAGUCUAUCAAUGGCUAAAACAAUUUCACAGUAUAAAGUCUUUGUCAUUGAUGAAUGCCACAUGUUAUCUUCACAAAAUUGGUCCGCAUUCAUGAAAUUUCUUGAAGAACCAUUGCCUCGUGUUGUAUUCAUAUUUAUAACUACUGGAACAGGUAGCUUGCCUCGUGCCAUUGUAUCACGAUGUCAAAAAUACAUCUUUUUGAAGGUCAAGGAUGUUGAUAUAGUCUGCCGGUUGAGGACUCUCUCUGUAAAAGAAAAUCUUGAUAUUGAACUGGAUGCUCUAGAUUUAAUUGCUCUGAAUUCGGAUGGUUCACUUAGGGAUGCAGAAAUAAUGUUGGAUCAAUUAAGUUUGCUGGGCAAAAGAAUAACUACUUCGCUUGUAAAUGACUUAGUAGGAGUUGUGCCAGAUGAGAAAUUACUUGAUCUUCUGGAGAUAGCCAUGUCAUCAGAUACUGCUGAAACGGUUAAAAGGUCUAGAGAGCUGAUAAAUUCUGGUGUUGAUCCAAUAGCCUUGAUGUCCCAAUUAGCUGGUCUUAUAAUGGACAUAAUUGCUGGAACUUACCGAUUGGCAGACCUACAUUCUGGUGGUACAACUCUUGGCGGGCGAAAUUUAACCGAAGCUGAGUUAGAAAGACUACAACUGGCAUUAAAGAUUCUUUCUGAUGCUGAAAAGCAGCUAAGACAUUCAAGUGAACGAUCAACAUGGUUUACUGCUGCUCUGCUACAGCUUGGUUCUGGUAAUAAUACAGAACCUAAUAGAUCAAGCAGCAGCAGCAGGCAGAGUGCUAGAAGAAAAAGUAAUGGUGUGUCUGACAUGGAUAGUCUCUCCAUGAUGCACAAGAACAGGCAAGUUACUCAGUUUCAAGAAUAUAAUUUUUGUUUCAUAUCCUACACUAACAACAUAUACUCUAAUCCUUACAUCGACUCGGCAUAUAUGGCUAAUUGUAAAGUGUUGCCUGCAAACAGGAGAUCCCUUGACAGAAUAUUAGAUAAUUUUUCUCAUACAAGUGAUGCUACUGGUAAGGGAGAACUCAGGUCUAUGACACCAGAAAUGCUGAAUGAGAUAUGGAAUCUUUGCAUCCAUAGAUGCCACUCAAACACACUGAGGCAGUUGCUUUCUGCCAACGGAAGACUUCUAUCAAUUUCUGAAAAUGGAGGCAUAUUGAUUGCUUUCAUUGGAUUUGAGGAUAGUGUUACAAAAUCCAGAGCUGAGAGAUUUCUGAGCAGCAUCACAAACUCAAUGGAGAUAGUCUUGGGAUACAAUGUAGAAGUUAGAAUGGCACUUCUACCCAAAGUUCAUUCUGAUGUAUUACAAUCAGAGCCAUCUCUAGCAAGCAACCAAAUGGAAAAAGAUAAGCAAAGAGAGGCAAGAUCUGAUAACCUUAUUAGCCAUCCCAAUAUAGGAAAGAUCAAAGGAAGCAAAAUUCUGGAUUCCUGUGAAGGAAAUCCAGAAAGUGCCCAUGAGAAAACUGACAUAUCUGCACUUGGAGAAAUGGACUAUGUACAGACAAGUGUACCAGUAUUAGAUGGUUCAUGUAACAGUAAUGAUAAAGGUCAGGGGAUUUUAGCCCAAAGGCCUCUAAAAGCAGCUACUGAUGAGCAGAGGUUGGAGACUGCAUGGCUUCAAACUGCAGAGCCUGGAUAUGUAAGUCAGCCAAAGCCUGAUAAGAACCAAAUUCUUCCACAGAAUGGAGUAAACCAUCUGAGUAGUAAACAAUCUUUGACAACAACGCCGAAAUCAUUAAAGAAUUGGGAUGAUGAAUUGGUUCAAGGGAUCAAAGCUUUAAGAACCAGUGCCACUGAGGGCCAUCACAAGGAACAGUAUGAAAGAGCCGAUCACUAUGCCAUUUCUCCAAGUUUAUUGCACUGUUACAAGACAGGCAACUCUGAGAAGCAGAAGAUGGGAUAUGAAUCAGGACCUGGUUGCAAUGGGAUUCUCUGUUGGAAAAACCCCAAAAGCCGUGGAAGAAAGGUAAAGCAGGGAAUCCAUCUAAGGUCACCAAGGGUUAGUCGGGCUCAUCGACUCUCAUUGUUUGGGCAGUGUGUGAAGCUGAAGUCAGCAGAAGACAGGUUGAGCAAAUGAAUGGGAGAAAUUUGCAGAUUUUACGCCUCAGUGAGUACAUUCUCAUACCAUUUGUGUCCAAUUGCCUUUCUAUUAUUCAAAUAUAACAAGAACUGUGAUGUCCCAACUAUCUGGGGUCAGCUACUUGGAUCUUAUCUUGCCAGCAAGCUCAACAGCAAGCCUUUUCAUUCUAUGAGUACAAAGGUAACUUAGAUGAGCCAUUUUGUCCUAAUCAGUACUAAGUUGAAGCAUUUGUUAUGAGAAAUAUUAUCGGCUUGCAAUGAAUCGGGCAACUGCUUCAAUGAUUCACCUCAGUGCUCCUGGUUAAUCUGCUUUUUUCUUGAAGAACAAUUUAUUUUCUGAGCUGAUAGAAGAUUUCAUAGUCCUAAACCAAUGAAUUUCUGUUAUACUCUUUUUUCCUUUGGUAUCUUGUCAGACAUCAAAAUUACCACAUAAUCACUGAGAUGAGAAUCAAGUAUCUUUAUCA